GUCGUGUGCCGCGGAAAUGUAAACAAUAAUUUCACAAUCUUUAACAACACCAAAUUACAUUAAUAAUAAAAUUCAGUAUAAUCAUUUGAGACUUACAACACCGAACGGAUACAACGCAAUUUAGUUAUCAAUGUGGUAAAUCGCUAACACUUAAUUUCAUUGCCUACCUGAAUUGCAAAAAGUCAACUUUUUAUUAAAAUUGCAAUUACAUUGGGAUAUAACACAAUAAUGUCAAAAUAUAUGAAAUCACGUUAUGAAUAUUCAAAGAAAAGAAGAGAAUUUGGACGACAACCACUAUUCCAAGUGGUUCCCGCACAAAUCUUAGACUCGAUAUAUUCAAACGAAGAAGAGCAAAGACGGUAUAUACUCCGCAACCCAGUACACAGAGAGGUGCAAGCGACAAUGCCGCAAUCGGAACACGAUGCGAACACAAAGGAAUUGGUUAUUCACGAACAAGGCAUAAAUCAUACGGAAGGUGGCUGGCCGCGUGAUGUUCAUCCGUACAACGAAGAUCAUGUAACGAGGUACAGGCGACGGGUACAACAUGAAGACGGUUACGUCAACACGGUCACCAGCCUUCAUCCCCAAGUAGAACAUUACAUAGAUCAAAACAAUGCUAUUGAUAUGUAUCAAACGUAUUUUGCAGAUAUGACCCCACAGCCUCCCGUCGAAAAGUAUAAUUUACAAAUCGCUAACGCAUUUUAUGAUCGUCAUUCCAGACCAGUUUCAUGCAUUGUAUGGACUAACGAACGGCCACCCCGUUUAGCUAUAACUUACUGUCAAAAAAUCAUAGGCAAUAAAUCAAAGCAACUUAACUAUUUCUCCAUAUGGGAUAUACAACGACAAACUGCGCCUCUUGUCGAAUUACUUCCAGAAUAUCCUUGUUGGGAGUUAGCAUGUUCCCCGGUAAAAUCUGAUAUACUGGUGGCGGGCCUUGAAAAUGGCACCGUUAAUAUAUUCGACAUCCGUAAAGGUCGUGACGCAAUAUCGAAAAGUUCCAUUUACAGUUCUCACAUUGGACCAGUGUCUGGAUUACUUUUCACGCACACAAGAACAAACACUGAGUUUUUUACUGGCUCAUUGGACGGCUUCUGUCUCUGGUGGGAUACAAGAAAUUUAUCAACACCGAUAGAUAGAUUGCCAAUGUCGGUAAGAUAUUCGCCAAAAGAAACUCCUAGCAUGUCUAACGCUGAGGGGGUAAGUUCGUUACAGUUUGAUCGAGGGUUGCCAACUAAAUUUUUGUGUGGAACGGAGUCUGGACUAGUUAUCAACGCGAACCGUAUGGGUAGGAGUCACUCAGAGAUCUUGACAUCGUAUUGGGAGGCGCACACAGGACCGGUCCGCGCAAUUCAUAGAAGUCCGUGUACUCUGAGAAUGUUUAUAACAUGUGGGGAUUGGAACGUUCGCAUAUGGAGCGAGGAGGUGCGGACGGCGCCAAUAAUAGUCACCAAACCUUACCGAAACCAAGUCACCGAUGUGACGUGGACACCGCUACGACAUUCUAGCUAUAUGUCUGUAUGUGAAGGCGGAUACUUUUAUUACUGGGAUAUUUUACGUAAUUUUAAUGAAGCUGUGGCUGCGUUACAAGUUUCUAAACACAGUCUGACUAAACUCACGCCUCAUAGAAAAGGACAGAUGGUGGCGAUUGGUGAUACUCGAGGAACGACGUUUUUGCUUAAUUUGUCUGAUAAUAUGACGUAUCCCGAUGAGCGUGAUAAACAACUUGUACAUCAAAUUUACGAUCGUGAGACAAGACGAGAACAUAUUUUGGACGCGCGUCUGAAAGAAAUUCAUUUAAAACAUCGCGAUGACCUCCCUGAGAUCCAGUCUGCAGGAGAGACAAUCACUGAAGAAGGCGGAGAGCACGGAGAGGAAAAGAAGUCUGUAGAUGACGAGGAUUAUCGAAGUACUGAAGAGGAGUAUUUUAGAAUUGUUAAACAAGAAUUGAAAAAAACGGAAAAUGUGCACCAAUAAAGCUAUAUAUUCGAUACGAUGUCAUAUGACGAUUUCUAAUCAAAGUGUUUUUAUUUAAAUUGAUUAUUGUUAGUACCAAAUUAAACACUUUCAAGAUUUGUCUGCGAGUACUGUAUGAACUUAAUUCAAUAGAAUUUCAUGGAAGCAAUAAAGCACGUCUUCAAGCUUU